CCUCCCUCGCUCCCUCGCCCCUGCCCGCCCUCCCCCGGGCCCCCGCGGAGCUCCCCUCCGCGGCGGAGCCGCCGGCCGAGCCCCAUGGCGCGGAGGGUCACCAGCGGGAGGUUCGCGGACCAAUGGCACACGCACACCGGCAGGAAAGCGCGCGAGGAGGAAGAGAGGAGGCGGCUCCGACAGACCGUGGCGAAGGCCAAGUACAACAUGUCCAAGGGUCUGGAGGCGAGCCGGAUCGAAGACGCGCUAGCCGCGGCAGAGGAGAUGAUGCGUUGCGGGGAGAUGCCCGCCAACGAGCUGCUCUACAGGAUGCUGUGCAUCGCCUGCGAGCUCCCUGGCGUGGAGCGCUUCGCCCGGGUGGUGAACUGCUGUACGAGCGGUGGCCUUUGCAUGCAGGCCCUGGAGUGGGCGGGGGUGGUCGGGCGCCUCAUGGAGCGCGACGCCCCUCACGCCCAGGUGCGCGUGUGCCUCAACUUCGGGGUGCCCAGGGGCGGGGAGGUCCUGGGGCUGGUCCCGGUCGACGCCGACCGCGAGUCGGACGUCAUGAAGGUCUUCGCGGGAGCCGAGCACCUGGACCUGGGCGAGCUCUCGGACGAGAACGACGUCGCGGAGGCCGCCAGGAGAGCGGGGCGCACGGUCGACGAGUGGGCGCGGGUGCCGAAGAAGCUCGUGUUCACAAUCGGCGGCGUCGCGUCCGCGCUGGCCGGGGAGUACAAGAGGUGCAGCUUCGUCUCCGGCGACGGGCUGCGGAGCAAGAGGCCCGUCUUCAAGAACAAGCGCAAGGAGAGCACCAUCUUGGCGUACUUCUUCGAGCCCUCGGAGCAGGACGCGGCUCCCGGCGAGGAGACGUGGGAGGCCGGCUGGUACCUCGGCGACGAGGUCGGCGGUGGGGGCAUCACGUUCGCGUACUGCCCCGCGCGCGGCAACCAGGCCAUGGCGGCGCUGGUGCCGCCGGAGGAAGACACGUGGCUCGUGCUCGACGGCAAGGGGGGCAAGCUUGAGGAGCCCGGGACCUUCACGAAGGCCCCGGAGAAGGCCAAGGCCUCCGACGCGCAGGUGGUGGAGUGGAGCGAGGCGCAGCAGCUCCUGGAGCAGAUCGACCUCGCCGCCGUCCCCGGCCGCGUGGGCAUGGACAAGGACCCCGAUGCCAUUAGGUACUUCUGCCACUUCUUCAUCCUGCUUCACCUCGAGCAGCUUGCGGAGGUGUCCACCUUCCGGGGCAGGUUCGGCUUCAGGACGGGGGAGGAGCUCGCCAGAUUUGGGAUCGCGGUGGUCGGCACGAAAGUCACCUCCGUCUCCAUGUUCAGGCAGGAGUCCAGAAGGGCGGCCCUGCCGGGCUGGCCCGAGGUGGGUCACACGCACGUCACCUUCAAGCUCAACCCGAGGUCCGUGGACAGGUCCCGGUUCUCCCUGAAGACCGGGGAGUCGGUGCUCGUGUCCCGGGGGCAUCCUUUGCAGAGCCGCGUCGGGGAGGGGAGCGUGAAGUUCGCGGACUUCGCCACCCAGGAGCUGGUCGUCAUGGUCCACGGAAAGUGGGCGGACUUCGAGCCCAACGCCAUGUUCCGCCUGGACAGCUACGCGAACAGGACAACGUUCGAGCGACAGCUGACCUCGUUGCUGCAGUUCAUCACCAUGCAGCGCACCAAGAUGCAGGAAAUGCUAAUCGCCGCCGGCGUUGGCAAGGUGGACCUGGCCGUGCUUGGCGGGGACGGCCUGGUGGACCCCGGGAAAGGCACCAAACUGGGCGAGGAGAGCGGCGGCAAGGAGGCCGCGGGGGAGGCGCCGAAGCCACGGAACAGCAGCGUCCUGACGGCCAGCGAGGUGCGGGCCAUGCUGACCUCCAGGACGCCGCGGGCGCGGGCCAUUGAGAGCUUAUACGCCGACAAGCUCAUACCAUUCGGCCGUAUCCUCCUGAAACGUGUGGGUGAGCAUGCGGCCGACAUCGCUGCCAAAGGCGUCCUGAGCGGCAAGACCACGUGCAGCUACGUCUCCACCGACGAAGGGCACAUUCCCUUCGUCGACCCGAUGCAUCUGAUGCGCGUCUGCAGGCAGUGCCCUCGGCUGCGCGUGGAAUGUGUGGACUCCGGCGAGUACGUGGCGAUGACCCCUACUCCCGCCGAGCUCUGGGCCGACCUCGUGACCUACUUCCACGGGCCCGCCGACUCCCAGCCGCCGCUCCCAGCGGGCAGGUACAAUUGCGCCCGGGCGCUCAAGGCGCGCGGCCUGCCGUUCCUCGGUGGUCGUAGCCUCGGGGAGGUGUGCCAUACACUCGCGCUCGCGAUGUCCCAGAAGAAGAUCCUGGGCCACUUCAAGGGCCACACCGUCCCCUACGCGCGCUCCGAGAGCGGGCACAAGCCUUCGCCGCUGCGGGCCCACCCCUGGCCGGGGCUGGGGGCGCCGCAGCCGGCGUACAUCACGCCCACGCUGCUCGAGAGCAUCAAGCCCCUGAGCGCGAAGUGGGCCAGCGGGCCUGGCGGAGUGGUGGAUGAUCGGCCGCGCGGCGGGCGGAGCGGGCCUUUCGGCCUGGACCCCGCGUGGGCGAGCGGGCCCUCCGGGCUGGGGGUCGACCUGGCGGCCUGGGACCGCGACCGCGACCUCCAGUGCGCGGGGUGGCCGCCCGGCCUGCAGGGCAACAGCCUCGGCCUGGCGUGCGCGGCCUACGCGCUCGAGACCGGGAGCCCUUGCUCUCCGCCGGCCCCGGCGUCCUCGGGGCCCCGCCUCUGCGUGACUGGCGCCGGCCUGCGGCGUCGGCGAAGCUGCGGGGCCGGGGCCAUGAACCAGAUGCAGCAGUUCUCCACGGCUCCCCAGGCGGUGGGGACGAGGAAGAAGUUCCGCGAGCCCGAUGACCGCACGAUGUCCACCAAGGGCAACAUGAUGCAGGAUCGGCGAGUGGUCCGUGGCAACACAUACGCGGCGCUGGUGGCGCCGCAGCCCGACGCGGCCGAGGUCCAGAAGCAGCGCGAGGCGCAGCGGAGGCGGCUGAUGCGCGCAAGCCAGAAGGAGAAGCGCCCAGGCACGCCGGAGCCCGUGAUGGGCCGGAAGCACAUGGACAUCCAGACCGACUCGUACCUGGAGGAGCUCACGGAGCGGACAGUGGAGUUCGAGGCGGAGACCCAGACCGACUUCCUGCUGGACAGGCCGCCCUCGCCGCUGUUCCUGCCCGCGAAGAUCGGGGUCGACAUCGCGACGCAGAUCGAGGAGGGCGAGCUCUUUGACUUCGACGUGGAGGUGGAGCCCAUACUCGAGGUCCUGGUGGGCAAGACGCUCGAGCAGAGCGUGAUGGAGGUGCUCGAGGAGGAGGAGCUCGAGUCCCUUCGCAGGCACCAGGAGGACUUUGAGAAGCGCCGCAACGCGGAGCUGCAGGAAGUGCAGCGCAUGGAGGCCGCCGAGUCGCGCCGCAACGACGAGAUGCUGCGGCGCAAGGAGCAGCAGGCCGCGCAGAGGGAGCAGGACCUGAGCAAGAUGCGGAAGGUCGUGUCCCGCAGCGUGGCGGCGGCGCACCUCAGCAGCCUCAAAGACCGGGCGCUGCAGCACCUGCUCGACGCCGGGGUGUUCGCCGACCCCAUGGAGAUGGCCGUGGAGACCGCGUUCAUGCCGCAGCUCUUCAAGAUGGCUGCGAAGCAGAUGGCCAGCAUCGUGCAGACGCGGAACCUCUUGGACAGCGUGGCAAGCGAGGCCGUCGGCGGCAGGCUCGACGCCCACGGCCGCGUCCUGGCCGUCGAGCGCAGGCGCCUUGCGCAGAUCGACCAGGCGGAGCGCGAGGCGCGCCUGGAGAAGGCGGAGGAGGCGGCGGCCCGCCAGAGGGACGCGGAGCGCGUGGAGAGGGAGCAGAGCCUCUUGGCGGCCUGGCAGGCCCGCGUCCCUACGCCGCCACCGCCGGCCGAGGAGUUCCAGGUGUCCGACCUGGACGCGGAGAACAAGCUUCUGAUCCUCGACAGGGCGCCCGGCAAGGCAAAGGUGCCCGAGGAGAUGAUGGAGGAGUUACAGGCGAAGCUCGCGGGCCUCACGGAGGGCCAGAAGCUGGUGGCCACGCUGGUCGGCCCCGACGGCCGGCUCAUCCUGCAGGCCGCCGAAGGCGGCGCUGCGGCGGCCAGCGAGGCGGCGGCGGAAGAGCCAGCCGGAGGCGGGGCCCCGGCCCCCGAGGCCGCGGAGGCCGAGGAGGAGCUGCCGACGCUCGCCGAGGUCCGCGUCGCGGAGCCCACGGCCCCGACGCCCGAGGCGGAGGCCGCGGAGGACCCCGAGGCCGAGUAG